AUGCGGCCGGGCUUGUCCCCGGCGCAGCGGGACGGCAGCCAGGGCCGGGGGCGCAGCGGCGUCGCUCCAUGCAGCCGGGGCGGCUGGGCGGCGGCGGCGGCGGCGGCGGGGGCGGCGAUCUACACUCUUUCCCCGCCGCCGCUCGCCGCGCCGCCGCCGCUGCCCGGAGCCUCCACUAAGGGGCCGCCGGCGCGCAAGCUGCUCUUCAUGUGCACCCUGUCCCUGUCCGUCACCUACCUGUGCUACAGCCUGCUGGGCGGCUCGGGUUCGCUGCAGUUCCCGCUGGCGCUGCAGGAGCCCCCGGGAUCCGCCGCGGAGCCCCCGCCGAGCCUGCUGCCUCCCUCGCUGCUGCCUCCCCGCGUGCGUCCCGGCGCUUCCUCACCGUCGCCGGACAACGCUAGCCGCGGGCCACCGCCCGAGCCCCCUGAGCGCUUCACGACACCCGCGGCCGACGGCUGGGGACUGGCGAGCGGCGGCGGUGCUCGGGACGCCUGGCCCAGGAGCCCGCCUGCCCCCGGAGACGCGGUCACGGAGCAGGACGCGCUGUUGGGGCGCGGGGCGCAGGAGCCAGGCGCCUCCGCCGCCGAGGAGCUGGAAGGCCGGAGGGCGGCCAAUGGGAGUGCUGAACGAGGCCCCGCCAGCACCCCUGAUUAUGGGGAGAAGAAGCUGCCCCAGGCGCUGAUCAUCGGGGUCAAGAAAGGAGGGACGCGCGCGCUGCUGGAGGCUAUCCGAGUCCACCCGGACGUAAGAGCAGUGGGCGUAGAGCCGCACUUUUUCGACAGGAACUACGAGAAGGGGCUGGAGUGGUACAGAAAUGUGAUGCCUAAGACGUUGGAUGGGCAGAUAACCAUGGAGAAGACCCCCAGUUAUUUUGUGACGAAUGAGGCUCCCAAGCGCAUCCACUCUAUGGCCAAGGACAUCAAACUCAUUGUGGUGGUACGAAACCCAGUGACCAGGGCCAUUUCUGACUACACCCAGACACUCUCAAAAAAGCCAGAGAUCCCCACCUUUGAGGUGCUGGCCUUCAAAAACCGGACCCUGGGGCUGAUUGACGCCUCUUGGAGUGCCAUUCGAAUUGGGAUCUAUGCUCUGCACCUGGAGAACUGGCUGCAGUACUUUCCCCUUUCUCAGAUCCUGUUUGUCAGUGGUGAGCGACUCAUAGUGGACCCCGCAGGGGAAAUGGCCAAGGUCCAGGAUUUCCUAGGCCUCAAGCGUGUUGUGACUGAGAAGCACUUUUACUUCAACAAAACCAAGGGAUUUCCCUGCCUGAAGAAGCCAGAAGACAGCAGUGCCCCAAGAUGUUUGGGCAAGAGCAAAGGUCGGACUCAUCCCCGAAUUGACCCAGAUGUCAUCCAUAGACUUCGGAAAUUCUACAAACCCUUUAACAUGAUGUUUUACCAAAUGACUGGUCAAGAUUUCCAGUGGGAACAGGAAGAGGGUGAUAAGUGA